AUGUCAUUAACAGCCGUCGAACACUUCAACAAGACCGCCGACAAGUACGAGGCCGCCACUGGUGGAGCUACUCGGGAACUCGCGCAGCAUGCCAUCUCCUCCAUUGCCGACCUAAAGCCUUUGACGUCUGAUUCCAAAGUCCUCGACAACGCAUGCGGCACCGGUAUCGUCACUGACAUCAUCCUCAAGUCCGGAAUCCAGCCUGAGAUCCAUGCCAUCGACGUCGCGGAGAAUAUGGUCAACAUUGCUAGAGGUCGGUUCUCCAACGUCCAAUCGGUUGUUAUGGUUGGGGAGGACCUUUCUUUUCCUGGUGACACUUUUACCCACUCUGUUACGAACCUCGGCAUCAUGUACUUCACAGACCCCAGCAAGGGCGCCCGGGAGAUAGCGCGUACACUCCACCCCGAUGGAGUAGCCGUCGUCACUGGCUGGACGAUGAUGGGACAUAUCAAAAUAAUCCAGGAUGUUCAGAAGCAGAUCCGUCCUGAUGAUACACCGUUCAAGCCGCCGAUGCCUGAAAUCUGGCUCGACCCUGAGCAUACCAAGGCCGUGCUGUCAGGUGCCGGGCUCGACGUGCAUACCGCCACUACAGUUGACGUGCAUCUGGGAGAAGAGACGGCUGAAGGGGUCGCUGAUCUUCUAAUUCAUGGGUUCGGUGCCAAGUUGUUUGGGUCUUGGAGCGAGGAGGAACGGGAGAAGGGCGCUGCGAUUAUGAAGAAGAUUGUGGGGGAGCGGGCUGUUCCGUUUACUAGAUCCUCGGGCUCCGGCGUCGGUAUCAAGGUGAAAGGAGCUAUCUUUAUUGCGCGCAAGGUAUCUGACCUAUGA